GGUCAGCAGCGGCAAAUGCAGACACUUGCCUACCUACCAUCAAUAAAUGCGGCUAAGCUUUGUGAUCUAACAAAACUGAAUUUCGACCCAGAGUAGGUGUAUGUGUGGCACUUUUUUAAUAACUGUUGAAAAUUACAAGGUAACACUUAUGAGAGGAUUUGUUCAAAUCAAAACUUUUGCUUAAGUAGCACCUUGUCAGUGUGUAUGGGUUUAUAAAGUGUUGCUGUAUUGUCACGGGUGGUUGAAACUUCCAUUGUUAUCCAGUGUUGUUAAUCACACACUGAUAUAAAAGUCAUGCUGAGUGAUUAUUAAAGCUGCAAUGUUGACAUAUUUAAUUAAGCCACUUUUAGAGUUUUCCAUUUUUAAGUUGGAACAAAAUAUUCAAAUCUUAACAUGAAUUAUAUUUUAGUGGUGUUCUGAUUUAGGGUUAGGAUGAAUAUCAAAUUUUUCUUAUUUUAAAUGGAAAGAAUAUUAGGUUAAGGGCUCGUAUUGUAUGUCUACGAAUGCGUCAACUUUGUAAAUACUAAUAAAGUGGGGAGUUUUUCAGUCAUUUCAUUUUAAACCGAUAGGGCGCGGCAUCACCCUGGAACAGCGAGCGGCUCCCUGCGAGAUUACGUACGUUGUCGCGGUGUUUGAGCCGACAUUUCGUGUUGUAGCAUCCUGCUGAAAGAAGAAAAGACGUCUGUUAAUGAUUUUUUUUCUCUGUGUUAUUUGUCAAAAUUCUCGGUUUCAGUGUCCUGCAGAGACCCUGUUACUCUGUGAAACUAUACACACUGCUUAGUUGCAUUGGUUGUAGCGCUGUUGUUUAGCAGUCAGUAUGGCAGUAGUCAUCAGGCUGCAAGGUCUGCCCAUAGUGGCUGGCACCAUGGACAUCAGACACUUCUUCUCUGGCCUCACCAUUCCUGAUGGGGGAGUGCAUAUCGUUGGGGGUGAACAUGGUGAAGCUUUCAUCGUGUUUGGCACUGAUGAGGAUGCUCGACUAGGGAUGAUGCGAACAGGCGGGUCCAUCAAAAACUCAAAAGUGUCACUGUUGCUUAGUAGCAAAACAGAAAUGCAGAAUAUGAUUGAACUUAGCCGCCGUAGGUUUGAAGCUGGAGCUGUAGAGAUAACUGCACCUGCAGCAGGAAAUGUUAACCGUCAAGCAAGUGCAGCCUCCAUUACUACAGUGCAAUCAGGGGCAGGAGCACGAUCUGGUAGCCAUGGAAACCAGGGUUUCAGUAACACCCCAAGCUCGGUGACCACAGUAAGCACAUCUCAAGAACAACAGAGCAGCAAAGCAGUUGUCUCAUUAUCCAAUGUGGUGCCAAACUUUCCCAACAGCUACAGCUCAACCCCAACAAUCACGACAGCUCUGGCGCCACUCAGUGCAGGCCCCCCACCGAUGCCUCCACUUUCCAACAUGCCAUCUAUGCCCCCUAUGUCUACUCUUCCUACAAUUCCAGUUCCUCCUCCAGUGUCAACUCUCCCCCCAAUCCCUUCUGUUGCCCCACUAUCCCAAGUACCCCCAGGUCCACCUAUGUCUCACCUUCCUCAUAUGUCUUCCCUUCCUCCUUUCAACCCUUCUCUACCUCCACCAGCAGGACUAGGUUCAGGCCUUCCUCUUGGAACUCCGAACCCCAUGCUUUUUAACCCUCUCUCUCCUCUGGCCUCACUUGGCCUUCAGGCCCAUAUGAAAGCUGCAGCUGCUGCUGCAGCCACUGGGGCAGGAGGAACCAAUCCAGAUGAAUUGUAUGUUCAUCUGCAACAUCUCCCAUUCUCCUGUACAGAGAUGGAAGUCAGAGAAUUUUUUCGUGGUCUGGGGGUGGAAGGGGUUCGCUUACAUAGGGAUGGGCAUGGUCGAUUAAAUGGCAGGGCUAUGGUCAAGUUCUUUUCACCCCAAGACAGUUUUGAGGCCUUGAAAAGAGGUGGUGGCAUGAUGGGCCAAAGAUUCAUUGAGAUAACCCCAGGUUCUGCCCAUCAGUGGGCAAGCCUUAAUGACAGUGUGACACUUCUUUCUCCUCACACUAUCGGCAAACCAAGUAACAGUGAGUUACAGGACCAACAACUCCGCCGUAGUAAUAUUGGAAUAUUAGGCAGAGAUCAACGAGACCGGUCACGAUCUCCACACAGAAAGGAAUUCUGUGUUUAUCUAAAGGGUCUUCCUUAUGAAGCUGACAAAAAACAGAUAAAGGAGUUCUUUAAGAAUUUGUCCAUUGUGGACGAUAGCAUCUAUAUUGCCUAUGGCCCAAAUGGGCGGGCUACAGGAGAGGGCUUCCUUGAAUUCAAAUCAGAACAAGACUACAAGCAUGCUCUUGCAGCUCACAUGCAAUAUAUGGGCUCCCGCUUUAUCCAAGUUCACCCAAUUAGCCGAAAAGGGAUGAUUGAAAAGAUUGAUGCUAUCCGUAAACGUGAAUCAGGCCAGGGGGAUGGCAAGAACCAGGAUGGCAUGAAAUCUCCAAGGAAUUGUGCCCAUAUUACCAAUAUCCCUUAUAAUAUUUCCAGAAAGGAUGUUAGUGCCUUCCUUGAAGGUGUGGGCAUUUAUGAGGAUACCCUCAAGGUUCUGACAGAUAGCCAUGGUAAUGGUUUGGGGCAAGCCAUUUUCCAGUUGCAAACUGAGGAAGAUGCUCGCAAGGUUGAAAGGCUGCAUAGGCAAAAACUUAAUGGCCGUGAUGCUUUUAUUCAUCUAGUUACCUUUGAGCAGAUGAAGGAAAUUGAGCGAAAUCCUCCACCUCAAAACAAGAGAGGGCAACGCAACCAGAACCAAAACCAAAAUCAGCACCAGCAAGUGCAGCCCAGUCCCCAGCAAACCCCAAUCAAUCCCUUCGCCGGAGUCAGUGGUGAAGAGUUUAAUUUCUUCAGAAACACCAUGGGGAACAUCAACAGCAGUCCCUUUGUGACUCCAUUCCCUGCUCCAGGGAAUGGACUGGCAGGCCCCCCUCCUCUCCCCCCAAUAGCUGCAGGGCUAGGGGAAGUGAAUCUUGGUGUCACUCCGCCCCUAGUACCAGGAAUUCCUGGACCACCAAUCUUGGAGCCACCUGGCUUUCGUCCUGGAACUGUGGGAGGAGCACCAUAUGGCCAAGAUGGACUCAGAGGUAUGCCACCUUUUGACAAUACCAACAGAAAAGGUGGUACUGGAGGACAAAACAGAGGAGGGGGGACCAACAACAACCAGGGACAUCCAGCUGGUGGAGCUGCUGGUGGACAGCAAGUGUUCACUCCAGGGACAGAAAACCUCCGCAACCAGCCAGCUCCAGGAGGAUCCAAUAAUCCCAAUAAUCCCAACAAUCAACGUGCUCCUGCUGGCCCAACAGUUGUAAAACUGCAGAAUAUGCCUUUCACUGUUAGUGUGGAUGAGAUUUUGGACUUUUUCUAUGGCUACCAAGUAUUGCCAGGCUCAGUCUGUCUACAGUUCAGUGAGAAAGGCAUGCCAACUGGCGAAGCAAUGGUGGCCUUCCAGAACCAUGAGGAGGCCACUGCUGCCGUCAUGGAACUCAAUGACAGACCUAUUGGAGCACGCAAGGUCAAGAUAAGCCUAGGCUGAAGUUUCACAUAAAGGAAACUGUAAAUAAAAAUGUAAAACUGCCUGGAUCAACAGUCUGUUAUGAAAAAAGUCCACUUCACCCAUACUUUAUCCUGAAUCACACUUACUCUUCAAGAACCCCAUCAGGACUUUGCCCUGUUCAGUGACUGUCAGUCAUUAUCAAAACAUCUCUGUGUAAAAAUCAACAGGUAAGCCAUGUCCUUUGCGGUCUCCAUUAAAGAUUGUAAUUCACACCUGUCUUUUUUUCCUCCAGUUGCUUUUCUGACUGCUUGAAUAAAUCAAUGGUGGUUGUGGUCAACAUGGUUACUUUGAUGACAAUUAAAGGAGUUUGGUCCAUUCCUACUCAGUUUUCCCAACAGUUAAGCUUUUUUGCUAUGUCUACAGUCACCUGUUUUUGCUAUGUUAAACUGAUUAUUGUAAAGAGGCUCCAAAACAUUGAUGCUGUACAUGCUUUAAAAUGCUUUGGUGCUGUGGUUUGAAAUUUACAUGCACUGUUGCUGUGGCAAAAUGUUAACAUGCUCUGUUGCUGUAGUGAAGAACAACCAGCAUGUUGUCAUUAUAAAAUGUCUGUUCUGUUGCAAUUGGUGUUUUAUCUUCAUUGUUGCCACAUUAAAAUCUUAACAUCCUCUGUUGCUGUGGUAAAAUCUGCUGCUGUGGUGAAGUCAUCCAAAUCCCUGUUGCUAUGAUAAAAUUAUGAUGAAAAGCUAUUUUGGCAUGGUCAAUUGUGAUCAGUUGACAUAUCUUUUCCUGUGGAGACAUCGACUUAAAGCUGUUGGUAAAGUGAUGCUGUGAAAUGGAUGUGGAAAGAAGAGUCAUGUUUUCAUCUUUUUUUGGGGAGGGGUGGGGUUGCUGCUAAGUUUCUGUCUCAAUAUCCUGAUGUUGCUGUUUCUGAAUAAUGCUACCCCCAAAACCCUCUUUUCUUCCCCCUCAUGCUUAGUAGGUGUUGGACUGUGCUUAGAUCAAAUAUGUAGUGUUUUUAGUUUGGUAGCAUGAUGUUGCUUGUAAGGUUGAUUAUGAAUUUUUAUGUUUCUAUCUCAUAUUUGUUUGUAAUUUCAGUGUGAAUUAAUUUGUAUGAUCCUAUAACCAUACCUGAUGUGGAGUCUACUCUCCGUUGGCUAAUAAAAGGACAUUUGUCAACUG